ACUGGGGAUCAGAAGACUAGGUCUCACCUCAGGGAUAAGUUUAACUGGCUCCAAACCAACAGAUCUGCAGCGGACCAAAGAGCUAGAGGACAUAUUACGGGAAUAUGGUGUACGAAAGCGAAGGAAAAUUGGAAAAUUAUCCCCAAGGUAUUCUUAUCAUGGGACAACUUUUUGAAAGGACAUAGUGUUGAGCAGUGUGAAUGCUCUAGUCCUAGUCAAAGAAUGGACAUUCCUCCAAGUGUUGCAAAUGCAAUGGGAGGCAAGAUCAGUACAUUUGGUACCUACAAGCUGGGAGUGCAUACCAAAGGAGCUGACUCUGAUACAUUGCGCGUUGCUUCACGCCAUUUGAACUGGCCCGACUUUUUGAUCUCCUGCAAAUAUGUCCCAGAACUCGUUGGAAUAAUUUUUUUAUUGUCCGCAUGUCAUGGGAUUUACAGCAAGGUGCUUGGUUACCUUGGUGGAGUAUCUUGGACAAUGCUGGUAGCACAUGUCUGUCAACAGAACCUGAAUGCAGCAGCUGCCACAUUCCGGACGUUGCCACAGUCAGUCCUUUUGAAAGCCCGAAACUGCAACGUUGACUUCCUUGUGUGGAGCCCACGAAUGUGUAGGACAUUUAAAUCUUUUUCUUUUCCUGGCUCCUACAACGAAUCCAUGAAAUCAAGAACGAAGAUAAUAUUGAUCUCAGGCGAAUGCAUCAGAUCGGUAUCACUAGAUGCCGAUCAUUACCCCAACGGCUUCGAUAUCACAAACAAGAUCAUUCUUGGCAAAUCGAGCUGGCACAAGCUCUUCGUGUCUACAAACUUCUUCGGCAGUAAGUCAUAUAAUACACCUGAUUUUGGAGCGUUGGAUGUUAAAUUUCCAAACGGUACCUUAAAAGUCAUAGCAGCCCGAGAACGAGGUCAGGGAGAAUGUUUCAAAUCUUCUUGCUUUCAUCCAGUCAUCCGCAGUCAUUUCAUUGCGCUCAUAACAUCAGCAGCCACUGAAGAGGACAGUUGGAAUGGGAUGGUCUUGUCAAAUUCAAAAUUCGGGAUCUCGUCA